AUGUUCAUGGAGACGCAUCCCCUCAUCGCCGAGAGCAUCGGGAAUACGCCUGUGCAUAACGCACAGAAUUCUUGCGUGUGUCGGACAGAAACCGUCGCCUCCCCCGAUCCCAGCUCAUCCGUACAUUUCCAACCAUCGCCGCGGGGACGCUGCUGUGCUUCCGGUUGGCACACUGCGCAUUAUAGCGCAUGUACGGCGACAACACAUCCAGAGAGCUGGCACGCCCUUGACACGGGAGACGUUAACGACGUUGCCAGCUCCUAA